AUGACCUCGAACCGGCCUGAGUCGCGGCAGAUUCUGUCCCAUCAAGAGAACCAGCAACAAGUUGCGCUCGGGCGAUUGUACGAUGCCCGGACUGAAACGGUCCUCUUCCCCUCAAUCUUUAACUCUACGCUUCUUCCUGGCGAAUUUGUCCAGUCGACAGAUCUGAAGCGUCUGUCAUACAAGUGCACCGAGAGUGACUCUCUUGAGGAGAAGCUUUCCAAUCUCGGCAUCUCAAGUGAGCUGGGACUCAGUGUCCUCUGUGGAAUGGCAGAAGGCAGUUGGUGUGCCAAUUACCUUUCAACCAAGAAGGUGAAUACCCACAUUCGACAAGCAUCUACAGCAUGUACGUACACGACAAGAAGCGAAAGCCUUUUCCUCCAGAAUAAGAGCCUGAGGGAUCGUCUGGACUUUGCCGCGCGUCAUAUCAAAGAUGCCACCCAUGUCGUCUGUGGGAUAAAUUGGGGGGCUCGGGCAUUGGUAACCGUGAAGGAGUCCGUGAAACAUGAAGACACCAGCAGUGAGACCAAAUUCAACCUGAACAAGCCUCCCGGUUCUGCCAAGUAUCCGAGAGGAGAGAGGAUGCAGCCCAAAGAAACGGACUUCUUUAGGAAACUCGUCCAGCAAAUCGGGCAGAUAUACGUCGGUGGAAAAGUUGAAUGGGACAGUUCGCUCCGGGCAACCGAAACGGUGCUUGAAUUCGAAAUCGCGGCUGACGUUGCCAACAUCGUCGAAGGCGGUAUUCCUACCAACUUCGAACAAGUCAAGAAUUUUCUUCAGCGCAUUCCAUCGUCGCUUGAGGGCGUGAACGAAGGCAAGGGUGUUCCUAUCUCCUUCUACCUUUUGCCGAUUCAAGAUUUUGCAAUGAUGUUCCAGAUUGAGAUACACCACGACACUCUUGUGAGGAAACUCGAACAAACCGUCCUGGAGCAUUGUCUUUCCCUUUUGGAGAAGCUCGAUGCCACAGCUCGAGAUUGGGAAGUCUACGGUGAUCGUGUGGCUCAGCACCAGCACUGCGUCCCGAAGGCUCAUAUCAGAGAGGUGCGAAUCAUGCGGAAGCAGGCAGAGAGAAAUGCAACAUUCCUCAGGAAAGACCUGACCAGGGGUAUCGUUGGGUUUCGACAAGGUUUUGGAGACAAACAGAACAUUCUGGAUCUCUUAGGUCCAUAUGACGCGCCGGACUCGUGUGAUGAAGACGACGGUCCCAUCCUAGGCGAGUAUGUCGACAAGAUGGACUUUGUUGACACGAUCAAAGCCGCUGGAGUCGGAUACAUUGAUCAUACUCAGCUGUGUGACACCCUCAGCAGCAACAGAACUGGCGACAUGUACAUUCUUUACUUGAGCAAAUCAUCGCAGGGUUCGCAAUCUUGGAGCGAAGAUCGACAGACGCUGAUUGAUCUCAUCAACGGCAUGGGCGACGAAUAUCUCGUGCUCGCCGUGGAUUACGACGCGCCAGAGCCUAAAGCUCUCAAGGAAUCCUAUAUUGAACAACGUCGCGGCAGUAGAGUCAUCGUCCCAAACGUGACGCAGAAAUGGAACGACCUCAACAAGUUGUGUCAACUGAAGUGCGGCGUUGACAAGGAAGCUGAUCGGACACGGAGUGUGAAUCCGCCUCUUGGUCGACGAGUAGUCAGGGUCCCAUGCCCAGGCCAAAACUGUUUCAGGACAGGGAAUCUCAAAUGGAUAUGUCCUAUUUGUGAGGACAUGGUCUGCUACGGGUUCACCGACGAUUACUUGUAUUGCCUUUGCUCCCGCUAUCUCUACACUGAAGCUGUUUUCAAGUGCAAUGGUGCCGUCCACGGUCCGGAAUUCGUCCAAUACGAGGAGAGAGAUCUGCACAAACGGCUGAAAGACCUCGACCCUGGCGAAGAGUACAACAUCCUCAUUUUGGGGAAGUCAGGGGUGGGCAAGUCCAUGUUCAUCAACGCCAUUAGCAAUUAUCUGGUGUUCGAGUCCUUGAAAGCCGCCAUCGACGAUACAGAUGACAUUCAAUACGCUCUACCGUUCCAGUUCCGCUUCCAGGACGAGAAAAAGAAGGAUCAGGCGGUGACCGUGGGCAAAGAGAGGCUCAGACAAUUCGCGGAGGUGUUCUCAAACAGUGGAAAGUCGUCAACGAGAAAGUCGAACGCGUACUGCUUCACCAUUGAUGGCAAGGUGUUUCGCUUCAUUGAUACGCCUGGAAUUUGUGACACCGAAGGCAAGGACCAGGACCAUACGAACGCAAAAGACGUCUAUGAGAUGCUCAUGUCCAUCAAAAAACUCAGUGCUGUCCUCAUUCUGCUGCCACCAAACGAAACACGCCUGGACUCGGCGUUCAGAUAUUGUAUGACUGAAUUACUGUCUCGCCUCCAUCAUGACACAUCACACAACGUUCUCUUUGCAUUCACCAAUGCUAGUUCAACGAACUUCACCCUCGGCGCGACACAGACACCGCUGGACGCUAUUCUGCGUGAUCUGAACACUGGUAUCGUCCGCGGCGUGGCGAACCAGUACUUUGUUGAUUCCAAGGGGUUCAUGUUCCUCGCAGCGCACAAGCAGAACCUCGAAAUGGCUGGUACACUGGACGAGCAUGCAGAAUUAUGGAGACGAUCAGCAGAGGAAGUCGGCCGACUCAUCGCCACCGUUAUGAAGCUGCCAACUCACGACGUUGGUAUGACUCUCAAGCUCCAUCAAACCGAGAACUUCCUCGAUGGAAUGGCGAAACCCCUCGCCAGCUUUAUAACAACCUCCAAAGAGACGUUGGACAGCUUGAAAAAGGCCGAGGAUGAGCUCACGGAUGCUAUCGCCCGAGGCGAAAACCUUGCACAGAAGGCCAAGAACAGGCUCACAAUAACGGUUCCGGUACGGUACGACCUCAAACAUAAACGGACCGUAUGUUGUCAUCCAAGCUGCGUCAGCCAAGUACAAGGUGAGGAUGGCAACUUGCGCACUGCAUUUACAACCAUCUGUCAUAAUGAAUGUGACGUCGAUGUGCCGGAUGAGAUUCGGGGCGCCGCAGAACUCAGGUUCUGUAGACCGUUCAGAAGGGUUCUACAGAUUAUCUGGGGCUAUGAGUGUAAAAUGCAGGGUUGCGGGCACGACUGGACCGAUCACAUGCACAUUUCUUACGAGCUUAGGAACGAGAUCAGGACGAUCGAUGACGAAACGGUCCUGGAGGACAUCAAGAGCAACGAGGACGCAGUGCAACGAAUUGAGCGGAAGAUCCUCGAGGCCAAGCUCCAGCAGAAAACGGCGCAGGAGGAGCUGGAUAGAAUCCAGGACGCCCGGGUCAAGUUCUACGUAUACCGGGCUCUGACCUCCCUGGGGACCUCGCGGGCGCAGCCCGACCCAACCGUCACGUACUUGGAUUUGCACAUCGCGAUAGCUAAGAAUGACGGCCGCCAGUCCGAUGCCGCCGAGCUGAUGGCUCAGAAAUCAGAGCAUGUCGCCAAGGUAGAGGCACUGACCAGAGACAUUACCGCGGGCAAGGCCAGCUGCCCUGACGAGCGGGUCGUGGACAGCGAAAUUGAAGGCUUGAGAGCCAUGCCCCUGUUUGGAAAGUACCUCAGCGAAGCAGUCGGCCCAAGUCCCGAACCCGUCCAGGAAACACGGCAUCUCUAUGUCGACAUCAAGCCGAAGCAAGUGGGCACCUGGAUGGGUUGGUUACGACGUGCCUAA